AAGGGAAGACUCAAAAAAAGUGGAGAAUUCUGGAACUCUCUUCGGGCUGUUAGCAUUUAGAACUCUCUAGACUCUCUCAGUCUUCAAUUUCACCUUAUAAAAUCGCAUGGCCUCAAUUCGUCCCCCAACGAUCGAGUCAAUUAACAAAACCCAACACAAUCCUUCACGCAUUGUCUAUUUGCCUUCUAAGAAAUCUUCAAAUUUCGAAUAUUUUCUUUGUUUUCUCGGCCUAAUUGUUCGAAAACUCCAUGGAAGACGAUUUCGAGUUCCCAACAGCCAGCAACAUGGAGGAAGACGAGAUGGACAUUCCAGAAGAUGACCCAGUUAGCCCAAUCCUAAAAGUUGGUGAAGAAAAAGAGAUUGGGAAAAAUGGGUUGAAGAAGAAACUGGUUAAGGAAGGUGAAGGUUGGGAGAAUCCUAGCAGUGGUGAUGAAGUUGAAGUGCAUUAUACUGGAACUUUGCUUGAUGGAACCAAAUUUGAUUCAAGCCGUGAUAGAGGGACUCCAUUCAAGUUCAAGCUUGGCCAAGGACAAGUUAUCAAGGGCUGGGAUGAGGGUAUCAAGACAAUGAAGAAAGGUGAAAAUGCAAUUUUCACCAUACCUGCUGAGUUGGCGUAUGGGGAAUCUGGGUCACCUCCAACUAUUCCUCCUAAUGCAACCCUUCAAUUCGAUGUGGAGUUGCUUUCUUGGACGAGCGUUAAGGACAUAUGCAAAGAUGGAGGAAUCUUCAAGAAAAUACUUGUUGAAGGGGAGAAAUGGGAGAAUCCAAAAGAUUUGGAUGAAGUGUUUGUUAAAUACGAAGCUUGUUUAGAAGAUGGUACACUGAUUUCAAAAUCGGAUGGCGUUGAGUUCACUGUCGGAGAUGGCUAUUUCUGCCCGGCCCUUGCGAAGGCAGUGAAAACAAUGAAGAAAGGGGAGAAAGUCCUGUUGACUGUGAAGCCACAAUAUGGAUUUGGUGAGGAUGGCAGGCCUGCUACAGGCGGUGAAUGUGCUGUUCCUCCAAAUGCUACCCUCCAUAUAACUCUCGAGUUGGUUUCUUGGAAGAGUGUUUCUGAUAUCACGAAAGACAAAAAGGUCUUGAAAAAGAUUGUGAAGGAGGGAGAGGGUUACGAACGACCAAAUGAUGGAACAGUGGUUCAAGUGAAAUUAAUAGGAAAGCUACCGGAUGGGACGAUCUUCAUAAAGAAGGGUUACGAUGAGGAGCCGUUUGAGUUCAAGAUUGAUGAAGAACAAGUAAUUGAUGGUCUUGAUAAAGCUGUAAAGACCAUGAAGAAAGGAGAAAACGCACUUAUCACCAUUCAACCAGAAUAUGCUUUCGGUUCAUCCGAAUCGCAUCAAGAGUUGGCUGUAGUUCCUGCAAAUUCAACUGUUUAUUAUGAGGUUGAGAUGGUCUCGUUUGUGAAGGAGAAAGAAUCAUGGGAAAUGGAUACACCGCAAAAGAUCGAAGCUGCUGGGAAGAAGAAAGAAGAAGGGAACGCACUAUUCAAGGCUGGUAAAUUUGAGAGAGCAUCAAAACGAUAUGAAAAGGCUGUUAGCUUCAUAGAGUAUGACUCUUCUUUCAACGAUGAGGAGAAGAAACAAGCAAAGUUGCUAAAAGUAAAUUGUAACCUUAACAAUGCAGCUUCCAAAUUGAAGCUCAAAGAUUACAAGCAGGCCGCAAAACUGUGUACUAAGGUAUUGGAGCUUGAUAGCGGGAAUGUGAAAGCACUCUACAGGAGAGCUCAAGCAUAUAUUCAACUUGUUGACUUGGAUUUGGCGGAGGCUGAUAUCAAAAAAGCCUUGGAGAUCGACCCUGAUAACAGGGAUGUGAAAUUGGAGUACCGAGUCUUAAAAGAGAAAAUCAAGGAGUACAACAAGAGGGAUGCGCAAUUUUACAGCAACAUAUUCGCAAAAAUGAACAAGUUGGCAGGAAAACAAGAAGCAGCACCCAUGGCCAUUGACAGCAAGGCAUAACAAUAUGAAAUUGUCACUGCAAUCCUCUAUUAUCACUUAUCCAUCCUUUUUCUGCUUCUUUGUCAAUGCUAUUAAAAAUUGUGUAAGGUUGGGAUACGAUGAUAAAAUCAUAAGAUGAUGUAAUGCUUCUAAUAAACAUAUAUAUAUAUAUAUAUACUGUCUUUAUACUUCAAA